AUGGGUAAUUACUCUAAAGCACUUGAAUAUUACCAAAAAUCACAUGUAAUAUAUGAACAAGUUCUGCUUCAGAAUCAUCCUGAUUUGGCUACUUCUUACAAUAACAUGGGUCAAAUGUACAACAGCAUGGGUGAUUACUCGAAAGCGCUUGGAUAUUAUCAAAAAGCAAAGGAAAUUUUUGAAAAAUCUCUAAAUGAAAAUCAUCCGAAUUUGGCUAUUUGUUACAAUAACAUGUGUACAGUGUAUUACAAUAUGGGUGAUUACAAAGCAGCACUUGAAUAUAUUCAAAAAGCUUCUCAAAUUUGGGGAAACGCUUUGUCUGAAGGUAAUCCAAAUAUUGCAUUCGCAUACAUCUGGUUCGGAAGAGUUUAUCGCAGUAUGAACGAAUAUUCCAAAGCACUUGAGAACUUCGAAAAAUGUCUCAUAGUAAGACAGAAAUAUUUAUCAGAAAAACAUCCAUCCCUUGCUGUAACAUACAGUGAUAUUGGUCAUAUUCAUGGCUUGAUGGGUAAUUAUGAAACAGCACUAGGAUUUUAUCGUAAAGCCUUGGAUAUUCAAAAAAAUGUCCAAUGUAAUCCACUAGAAUGUGCAACAACAUUUGUACAACUAGGUGAAACUUAUUACGGAAUGAAGGAUUAUUCAACAGCAUUAAAUUAUUUUCAGAAAGGAUUACAAAUACAUAAAGAGAAACUGCCACAAAGCCAUCCAGAUUUAGCUAUUGUGUAUCAUAAUUUGGCAAACUUAUACUUGUCAAUACGAGAUUAUUCGACCGCAAUGAAAUAUAUUCAACAAGCAAUUGAAAUUGCACAACAGAAAUUACCUUCAACUCAUCAGUACAUACGGAAUUAUCAAGAAACAUUCGAAAACAUUCAUGAACAAUUAUGA